GUGGAGCUGGGAGGCUGCAAGACUGUGGGUGUGUGAAGGACAUCAUGAAGGUGGUAUUGAAGGUGUGUGGAGAUGCUGUGGUCUAGGAGGGCUUUAGAAGAUGGGGUCCCCGGGUGAUAGAAGUGGGAGAUCCAUGGCCCUGGGUGGAUUUGGGGCCAGGUAAAGGUCUGAAGCUAACAGGGAUUUUCUUGCAGCACAAAGGCAAUGAAGCCUCUGUUGUGCUCAGUGACUGAGCCACGUAAUCAAUCCUCCCUUUAUCCAACACCUCCCUGCCUCAAGCUGGUUGUAUACAUCCACACAGAGUCUUCUUUUCAAUAAAAGUUGCUAUUUUUACUAAUUUCAGUGCUGCCUUCAGUGCCUAGGCAAUAUUUACCAAAUUGUUGUGUUUGACAGACUGCCAGCAAUUCCUGAAAGAAGGUGCACCUCUGUAUGCCUUCUGAAAGCACAGCCUGAACGAACACCAUCGUAUGUUAGAGUUCAGUUUUCCUUUUAUUGAGUCUUUUCUUCCUGUCCUGCUGCAAGAUGUGUGCUGCAGAUUCACCGGGAGGCUGUUCUGAUUCCUGUUGAGCUGCCCCUCAGCUGGGGCUUGGAGGAAAAUCUCAACCUGCCACACAACCAGGCAGCCAAAACCUCAUGCAGUAACUCCUUUUGGUGCAGGACCACAAGCCCUGGCAGCUUUUCCAGCUCACGUUGCAGUGUCCCCAGCACCUUGUCCCCUCCCUGAGCCCUCCAAGGACACCCGCUACUCCCUCUGCUGGCAGCCAGCAUGCACGGGAUGAGGGUACCAACCCCGUCCGCAUCCUAAACUCCUCCAGUGGUGCCAUUUAAUCCCAGACCACAGCAGCGAGGGGAAAAUUCAUCUUUGCUGGCCGCUAUGAUUUGAUAGGCUCAACAUGUUUCUCCCGACCCCAGCCCCAUUCUGAGGAAGGAUCUGCUCAUCCUUGCACUUGCAGAACCCCAAACCCUUGUGCCCUGGAGGCAGCUGCCAGCCUGCCUCAAUAGAGGCCUUCUUCUCCCCCAGCAUCUGCCUGCUCUCUCCAAAGCCUCAUUGUUUCUCCAUUGCUCACAUGAUGUAGAUUAGCACCAUGGCAGCACCCCCUCCCCGGAACCAUCUCAGGAUGGGAUGUGUGUCUGUGUACAGUACCAGUGAUGAAACUCAUCCUAUUUGCUGCUGGAUUUGAGGCAUAGCUUGUAUCUGUGGGAGCUGGCACAGCCUUGCCCUACAACCACAGGAUUGGGGCUGUUUUAUGUUUAGGGACUGAAGGCAGGGUCUGUGCUGCCGUGGCAUUGCUCGCUGUCUUCAGCAGUCGGUAUGAACUUAAUAUCUUCAUCAGUGAAGGGAUAGAAUGUACUCUCAACAAGUUUGCUGAUGGCAUGAAGCUGGAAGGAGCAGCCUGAAUGCUGUCCUGUGUAAUGUGCUCUAGAGAACCUGCUUUAGGGGUGGUUGGAUCUCCAGGGGUCCCUUCCAGCCCCUAUGGUUCUAUGACUCCCUGAUUGCAUUGGGUUGCCCCAGCCCUGCUUGUGGCACUACUCCUGUGGUGGAGGGAAUCUCUGGGCAAAUAAGCCUUGAAGGAGCCCUUGGAUACCACCCAGGUAAAAACCAUAGGGCUGUGCAGCUCCAUAGGAGUUGAGUGUUGAACUCUUUCUUUACUAUAAGAGUAGUGAGGUGCUGGAACAGCUGCCCAGAGAGGCUGUGGAUGCCCCGUCCCUACAGGUGUCCAAGGCCAGGUUGGAUGGGGCCCUGAGCAGCCUGAUCUGGUAUCAAAUGUGGAGGUUGGUGACCCUGCAUGUGGCAGGGGUUGGAAAUUCAUGGUCCUUGAGGUCCCUUCCAACCCAGGCCAUUCUGUGAUUCUGUGAUUCUGGGUGGAACAGAAGCCCAAUAUUUGGUGUCAGAAUAAGGUCCUGAGAGACAGCACCAGGCUCAGAGGCAUUUCUGAGCAGCAGACAGGCAGCCCUGAGCUGUGUGCCCAAGUACUGCAGGUCCCUGAGCAAAGCAGGCAGGAUCUGCUCAGCACAUCCCCACCGUGGUGGAAAAACAGCAACCAGCGAGGGUCUGGGAGAUAUUCCAGCCUCCAUCCCUUGGAGCUCUCACAUCGAAAUACCAGACCCUCGGCAUCUGCAGGAGGAUGGCUCACAUCCCUUCUAUCCCCCCCCAUGGGCAGCCUCCCUGUGGCGACAGCACCUUCCAGACCAUGGCAGCUCUGGGAAUGAAGGCUCUGCGGUCGUUCAGUGCACCAUGGGCACUUUGUUUCUUUUGGGCACUCAAAGCCCAUCCGAGAGCACCACCUCCUGGGCAAGGCAAAAAGCACGGAGCAGACGGACGGUAUGGAGUUACCCAGAAGGAAAAUAACACCGAUUUCCCGUUCUGAAGUCAUACAAAACAAACAUGGGAGGAGACGGGCAAACCUGGGGCCGCCCAGGCUCCCUCGGGGAUUGCGUGCCCUCCAGCUUGUGCAUCUUUUCCAGACAUGGGAUUUUAUUUAAACAAAAAAAAAAAAACAAAACCAUGGAGCAUCCCUGGCAAAGUCACUGAGCUCCGCUGAACAUCUUCUCAGGGAUGAGGUUAAACAGAUUUAUUUUUCCCCUCUUACCUUUACCUCCUUCUCACCAAUGCCAGCUACUCAAGGUUUCCAAACUGGAAAGAGGUAGAAAGGGAACGGCAUGAGCAGAAGUGCCUGUAAGCCCUUGGAUCUGCAGGUGAGGAGCUGAAUAUGAGCCACAAACCUUCUCACAGUAAAAAGUUGAGUAAAACCUCCAACAUUGGCUGCCAAGCAUAGAUAAGGGCACCAUGAUCCCUUCUUCUGCCUUUGAGAGCUUCUCCAACUGAAGGGUUCUCCUGGCUGAUGGCUGAACUCCCUGUAUAGGGAGGGGACCCAGGGCUGUGCUCUCCCCCAGGGCUGGAGCCACUGACCCUGAGCAGAGCAGGUCUCAGCUGUAAGCAUGGGAGAGGAGCUCCCAUUUCUACCUCCUCCACCUCCUCACUUGGAGAAGGACCUGGCUCUGCCCCUGAACCUGGUCUCACCUUUCUGGUACUGUCAGACUCGACUGCCACCCGGGAGAGAUGCAGCCACGUAUGGAAUUGGGGCAAAGGCACCAGGAAAAGUCAUGCAUGGGAAAGAGCAAAACUGAUGACACCAGAACCCCUUUGAUUUUAGCAUGGGCAGAGCAGAGCUGCAGAGGGAAGCAGACUUGUUUUCUCAGUGCCUAUGUAUAGAACAGUGAGCUCAUAGUUUCCGACAAUGGAGAGCAUCCAAACUAUGGGAAACAGGAAUUUCCACCCCGCCCGGUGCCAGCUGAGAGCUGAAGGUGGGGAGAUGCCCAGUGCCCCAGACCUGCCUGUGCUGGCCCAGGUAACUUCUCCAGCACUGAGGACCUGGGGAAGCGAUCAGUCACAAAUGGGAAUGUGCACCCAAAGGUGAUGGUAAGACCUCAGCCCUGGGUCAGCCCAGAGAGUUCUCAACUUCAAUUUAUGCUCGCACCAUGAAAAACAGGAUAGUGAGAGGAGUGGAUGUGGAGCAGAGGAGCAGCUCCGGAUCUCCUUAUGGUGGGAUUUCAUGGCAUAAGAGGUAUGAAGGGUACCAACCCCACACGAGGUGCUCUCUGCAUUUUGGCAGCUGCCCCACAGCAUGGGAUGGCCUGGUAAGUUUGCACCCACCCUUUUUCAUUCAGAAACCAACCCUGUGAUGUAACUGCUGCACCCACGGGUGGCGAUACCACUGCCCACGCCUGCCAGGGCUCGAAACCACCACUGCUGCCCGUGCGGUGACUGUGGGGACCCAUCUGUUUUAUGCUGGGUGCCAGAGGUGCCUUAACACUCUUGCUGUCUCUUCUUACCCCAUAGAUCCUGGAGAUCCCUGGGAAUCUUCUUGAGGCUGGAGGAGCACAGGACCAGGAGUGGUUCUAUAGAGCAUCUCUGCACCAUGUGAGAUCCCCACUUAAUUCCAAGUUUCUCCUAAACUAUGAUGGAGAUGCAGGCCUCCCAGGACACAGGAGUUCCUUGGAACUCUUUUGAUUACCUUGAGGACACCAGCUGGGCUGAGGAUGCUGAAAGGAUCCAAUGUGGUGACAGGAACCAUCCACUUGCAAACAGCUUUUGAAAGGCUCUGGAAGUUAAGAGAAGAAUGGCAGCACCCUGAGACAAGGGGUAAUGCCACAGAGAGCCUCCUCUGUGCAGGAUUCCAACCCACAAGUGGACAAGUGGAGGGGUUCCAUCUGCCCACAAGCUGCAGCAGCAGAUGGUGCUGGAAGCCUGCAGGCAGGCAGGAGGCGACAGUGACCAGAGCUGUGCUGUCUGGGUUUGUCCACAGCCAUGCUGCUCUUUGGACUGACCAUCCAGCAGUGUGGGGCUGGGUGACACAGAGGGGAGCGAGCACAGAGAUGAGACCAGUGUGGGGAUGGGGAACAGAGAUGUGUGGUUGUGCACAGAGCUGAGCCUGUCCCUGCCACGGGGCCCUGCUGUGUUUGGGGGCCUGCAGCCUGUUGUUUGAUCCUGGGAACUCAUUACAGGGAGGCCAGCAGGCAGCACUGUGCCACCUCUCCCUGCCCUCUGACGCCUUAUGCCGGCUCCACACCCACUCCCUGGCAGGGUUCAGGCUUUAAAACUUGAACGGGUUCCUCCGCAUUCACAGCCCGGGUGCUGCCCUGUCCCCGCUCCUGCCUUUACGCAACGCGCUUGCAUGAAACGCGCAGCCACCACCUUGCUGUUAUAUAGGCACCCCAUUCCCAGCCUGGACGGUGCUCAGCGCUGGGGACAGCGGUGGAUUGGAUAGAGAGGACCCUGCCCUGGGGUCCUGCAGAAGGUAGGGGUCUCUGGGGUGUGGAAUGAGGGGCUCCUCUGGUUCUGUAGGGAGCAUCAGAUCACUAAACCAGAGCGGGAGUUGGGUCCCUCUUCUUGUAAGCGAUGGCUCCUCGUGUUGGUGCGGCCAUCGCAAUGCAGGGGAUGGCUACUGGGCUGCCAUGCCCACUUGUCCAGCAGCAAAACCUCUAGAAACAGCUGUGAGGAUAUCAAGGGUGACUGAUGGCAUGCAAAAAGGGGUGCAGAUUGGAUUUGAAAACACAGCAUUGUCUGGAGAAACUGCCUUCUUCAUAGAACUCCAGCUGCUGAUCUACUCUUGGAACUGAGCAUCCCUCCUCCUUUCUCCUUCUCCUUCUCCUUCUCCUUCUCCUUCUCCUUCUCCUUCUCCUUCUCCUUCUCCUUCUCCUUCUCCUUCUCCUUCUCCUUCUCCUUCUCCUUCUCCUUCUCCUUCUCCUUCUCCUUCUCCUUCUCCUUCUUCUCUUCCACCUCCCUCUCCUCUCUUUCUCCCUUCUCUCUUCCUGAAUGCUCCCUACCCUAAGAAGUGCUUCAGACCAAGCUGAUUCAAGACUCUGAGUCCAUGGUGUCCCCAUUGUCCCUGCACCCCUCUAUGCCCCAGGUUGGCGCAGGGGACACACCAGGCAGCAGGGCAGUGUUGUGACUAACAGGCACACACUGCACUCCAGCAGUGACCCGGCCAUUGGGCUGGGACAUCCCACACUAACCACUGCAACUGGGACUCCUAUAACACCCCGUAUCCCUGCUCACAGCUGGGAAGCACACGUGGUCUGCAGAGCAGGGAUGGCUGAGAUCUCACCCAGCAAGGAAGGGGCCCCGGCCGAGUGCCCCGUCUGCUACGAGAAGUUCCACCCCCUGGAGCACACACAUCGCCAGCUCAGCUGCGGGCACGCCUUCUGCCACGACUGCCUGGUGAAGUGCCUGCUCUCCUCCAAGCUGGACGGCCACAUCCAGAGCAGCAUCAUCUGCCCCGUCUGCCGCUACGUCACCUUCCUCAGCAAGAAGAAGGCGCUGUGGCCGUCCAGCCCGCGGACUCUGGAAGUGCCCCUGUCGCCAUCCUCCUUAUCGCAGCUGACCAAACUGGAGAGCAGCAACGCCCUGGUGGUGCCCAGCCACUUUGUGAUGCCGGUGCAGAGCUUGGAGCGGUGCAGCCCCACGGGCGCACAGGGAGAGCCGGCACGUGGAGCCCAUAUCUUUGUCAUCAGCAGGUAUGGGAUGCCACUGGUGGACACGGACUGCUCCUCCCUGCAGAGAGAAAGCCAGGCGGAGACACGGAGCACCAUGUCCUCCAGCUCGGCCCUGGGGCUGCAGUGCUGCCAGUCGCCCAUCGCUCUGGCCGUGCUGCUCAUCCUCACUGUGGCCCUGCUGGCGGCCGUGCUCCCUUGGCUGCUGCUGGUCAAGAGGGACUCACCGUGAGGAAGGCAGCGACUGUGAUGAUGGAGGAUUGGCACUGAUGCUGGGGCUGGCACCUUCCUGGAGAAAGCCCAGAUGCAGUUCCAGGGGAAGUUUUCCCAUCUGGCCAGGUUCCUGAAGAUCUCUGGGUGACAUGCUAGAGGUGUUGCCUCAUUUGUUUGAAAUGUGGCUGCCUGGGUCCUGUUAGAGGGUUCCUUCUGUGUUUUAGUGGUAUGGUGGGGCUGGAAGGACCCAACUCACAGCCCCCCCCUCCCUCAGCCCUGCUUUCAGGUCCCCCAGAGCUGUCCAUGCUCCUGCUUUCACCGUGUCUCUCCUGCCCUGAGCACCAGGGACAGGCAGAGGGCAGGGAGUGAAGGCAUCAGGGCUGCAUCGGGGGUGGCUUUGGGAAUUCCAUCCUGUCCCCACACCAGGGGGAGGUGUGGGCAUCUGAGAGGUGUACACAAGAUUUGGGUCCCUCUCUGUGCCCAUUCCAAAAGAAGUCACAGUCGCAGUGACUGUGGUGCUUAGGAGUGCACCUUGAGGACCUCAGUGCUUUCACAGAUCCCUGACCCACGGAGCAGGAGCAGGAUGUCCCUUGCUGUCACUGGCAGGAGGGUGGCACAUAGCUCCUAAAGUGAGAAUCCCACUUGCUGAGCAUUAGGGGUCUGCAGUGCUCUGGGAUCACCCAGAACAUUUCAAGAGGACAAAUAAAAACUGCCCAGUGUUAGAAAGCUCAGCAGAAAGAUCCUAUUUCAGCCCUAUGGCCAUCUGUGAGCAAAUGCAGGGCAUCACUCAUCCACCUGUUUCCAUACCUGUGUACCGGGUGCGAUGACACUGACCCCUGCACUGGGAGACUGCUGGGGAAAAGUGCCUGAGACACUGCACUGGAAUGGAAAUCCUAUUUCAUAAGAAAUAAUUACCUGACAA